UAAAGAAUGAGUCACCAUAGCAACGGAGAUAGCACCGUGGAGAACGGUCACGUGACAAAGGAGAACGACAGUGUUACCCCGAAGAUAGGUGACGUCAUCAAGGAGAACAACGACGUCAUCACUCGUGACGUUCCUCCUGCCUUGAUGCCCGUUGUGGCGGGUCUCACCUCUAAGCCCAAGCGCGUGCCCUACUGGUAUCUGUACGACACCAGAGGGUCGGAGAUUUAUGAGGAAGUGGUGACAACAUCUAAGACGUACACACUAUGGAAGAAGGAAUACAGCGUGCUGCAGAGUCACAGCGACGAUAUUGCCUCCAAGACGUCUUCCCCUGUCACCCUCAUGGAGCUCGGCAGCGGCGCUUCGUCCAAAACCCGCCUGGUCAUAGAGGCCAUGCUCAAGCGCCACGGAACACUGACGUUCAUACCGGUGGACGUGUCCAAUGAACACAUCGAGGAGGUCAGCAAGCAGCUGGAGCGCGACUACGACGGACUGACGGCGGAACCCUUCGGGGGACUCUACAUGGAAGGGGUCCGUCACCUUUCUACCCGCAAGGAGUCGAAGAUGCUGCUUUUUCUGGGCAGCAGCUUCAGCAACAUCUCCAUCUACGAACAGGUGGACAUGAUGAAGGAGAUCCGGGCACAAUUAACGGCCAAGGAUCGUUUCGUGAUGGGGCUUGACAUGAACGUGGAUCGGGAGUCUCUGUUGAAGGCCUACGGUCAACAAUGGGUGACCUUUCAGAAGGACAAUCCCAUCCGUCGCCUGAACAAGGACUUCGAUGGAGACAUGGAUCCGGCGAAAUUUGAGCUCAUCACCGACUUCGUGGAGAAUCCGGCAGAUGGGGACACUCCGAGCUAUGUCACGGGGUACUGGAGGAGCCUCGCAGCACAGCGCGUGAACUUCCGCAAACUCGGCCUCAACCUCGACUUCCAGAGUGGAGAGAAGUUUUCAUUCUUGGACGGGCCGAACUGGAGCUGCAAGUGGAACCUGCACCAGAUCCGCCGCCUGGCGGAGAAGAGCGGCUUUGCACUGGAGGACUACUGGACCAACGACGCCGAAGAUUAUGGCAUGGUGUGCCUCGCACCCGUGCCUUAGGGCAGCUGCCCAUGCAAUGACGGGGAUAUUUAGAGUUUGGAGUCCGUUUUGAAAUCCUAUUGUGCUUAUCCCAUUUAAAACAAUAACAAGUUCGUCUCAGUUAAUUCCUAGCCUUGCCCUCUCAUAGUGUAUGUGAGCCCGCGAAGUACACGUAUUAGAAAUAGUAAGAGCGGGCACUCUUAGUUGUAGAGGGGGAAGGUUGGAAGGAGAGAUCUUUAGAUUCUUCUUAUUAGCAUAUUCACUUUCUGGCAUUUAGAUCCUAACCCAUGCUUUGAUAGAAACUAACACGGAAUAUGGUAAAUAGGCUAGGACUGCGCCUAUUGUUUAUGUGGGCGCUGAUUUUAAAUAUAUUCGCAGUGAAUGA